UGCACCAUUUUGCUGGUAGCCAUCUUGAGUGAGGGCGGAUAGGAGGGUGAAGGGGCUGUGGGGAAGCUGGUGCGACGCUGCCUCUUUUUGUUCUCGUCUCGUCUGCUUCAUCUUUAACUCAGAAAACUAUAAAGGAACCAAAAGGCUCAUGUCCUUGACGGUUAUAGAAUCUAGGAGGAGAAAAACCCUUUUCUGACCAUAAUAAAGAUGGCGAAAUGUGCUUCGUACUCGUGCUAAAUUGGGGUUACGUAGACCGGCGUGCUGCAAACCAGCUCUGGAUGGCUCUGAGUAGGUAGUCGUUUUGCGUGUUGCAGAACGCAGUCUUCGGCUGGACGCGGUUGAGGUGAUACUGUCGCUGUUUUCUGGGAACUUCGGUUUUUCCGGCCUGCCUUCACUUGUUUCUGUGGCCAGAGCCGGACUCUUUCAAUUUGCUUUGGCCCUUUGUGUACCAGAAUCACUGCUGCGUAGCUUGAGCCUGAUAGGAUUGAUUUUACAAAUGAGACAUUUAAGUCACAUCAGCCAAGAGUGUGAUUUGAAUGAAACUUAUACACAUUUUCAGAUUUAUUUAACCUAAGCUAUCAGCUGUCUGCAGUUACUCAUAACGUAAGGGGUGCAUGGCCCUGAAGGUGGGGGUUAAGAACUGCCAAUCAUAGAUGCUCUGAGAACCCACUACUGUAUAUGUUCGAAACCUGUGAAAUCAUUCAUGUGCUGACUGCCCCAAAGGGAGCAUAAACCAGGGACUUUGAUAUCAUGCAGCAGAAGACCAAAUUAUUUCUCCAGGCUCUGCAGUAUAGUAUUCCUCACCUUGGGAAAUGCAUGCAGAAACAGCAUUUGAAUCACUGUCACUUCGCUGAUCAUUAUUACAGUAGAAUAAAAUUGAGAAAAUACCACCUAACCAAGUGUCUGCAGAGUAAAAACAAGAUAUCAGAGUUAGCAAGAAACAUUCCAAGUCGGAGCUUCUCCUGUAAGGAUCUUCUGCCUAUUAAACAAGAAAACGAAAAAUCCCCUUCAGAAAACAUGGAUGCAUUUGAAAAAGUGAGAACAAGAUUAGAAACACAGCCACAAGAAGAAUAUGAAAUCAUCAAUGCUGAGGUCAAACAUGGUGGUUUUGUUUACUAUCAAGAAGGUUGCUGCUUGGUUCGUUCAAAAGAUGAAGAAGCAGACAGUGAUAAUUACGAAGUUUUAUUCAAUUUGGAGGAACUUAAAUUAGACCAGCCCUUCAUUGAUUGUAUCAGAGUUGCUCCAGAUGAAAAAUAUGUGGCCGCCAAGAUAAGAACUGAGGAUUCUGAAGCAUCUACCUGUAUAGUUGUGAAGCUCAGCGAUCAGCCUGUGAUGGAAGCUUCUUUCCCAAACGUGUCCAGUUUUGAAUGGGUAAAGGAUGAAGAAGAGGAAGAUGUUUUAUUCUACACCUUCCAGAGGAACCUUCGCUGUCAUGAUGUGUAUCGAGCCACUUUUGGUGAUAACAAACGCAAUGAACGUUUUUACACAGAAAAAGACCCAAGCUAUUUUGUUUUCCUUUACCUCACAAAAGACAGUCGUUUCCUCACCAUAAAUAUUAUGAACAAGACUACUUCUGAAGUGUGGUUGAUAGAUGGCCUGAGCCCUUGGGACCCACCAGUACUUAUCCAGAAGCGAAUUCCUGGGGUCCUUUACUACGUUGAACACAGAGAUGAUGAACUAUACAUUCUCACUAACGUUGGUGAGCCUACAGAAUUCAAGCUAAUGAGAACAGCAGCUGAUAGUCCUGCUAUUAUGAAUUGGGAUUUAUUUUUCACAAUGAAGAGAAAUACCAAAGUUGUCGACUUGGACAUGUUUAAGGAUCACUGUGUUCUAUUCCUAAAGCACAGCAAUCUACUUUACGUUAAUGUGAUUGGUCUGGCCGAUGAUUCAGUUCGGUCUCUAAAGCUCCCUCCCUGGGCCUGUGGAUUCAUAAUAGAUACAAAUUCCGACCCAAAGAACUGCCCCUUUCAGCUUUGCUCUCCAAUACGUCCCCCAAAAUAUUACACGUAUAAGUUUGCAGAAGGCAAACUCUUUGAGGAAACUGGCCACGAAGACCCAAUCACAAAGACUAGUCGUGUUUUACGUCUAGAAGCCAAAAGUAAGGAUGGAAAAUUAGUGCCAAUGACCGUUUUCCACAAAACAGAUUCUGAGGACCUGCAGAAGAAACCUCUCCUGGUACAUGUAUAUGGAGCUUAUGGAAUGGAUUUGAAAAUGAACUUCCGACCUGAAAGGCGGGUGUUGGUUGACGAUGGAUGGAUAUUAGCAUAUUGCCACGUCCGGGGUGGUGGUGAGUUAGGCCUCCAGUGGCACACUGAUGGCCGUCUAACCAAAAAGCUCAAUGGCCUUGCAGACAUAGAGGCUUGCAUUAAGACGCUUCAUGGCCAAGGCUUUUCUCAGCCAAGCCUAACAGCCCUGACUGCUUUCAGUGCUGGAGGGGUGCUUGUGGGAGCGUUGUGUAACUCUAACCCAGAGCUCCUGAGAGCUGUGACUUUGGAGGCACCUUUCUUGGAUGUUCUCAAUACCAUGAUGGACACUACACUUCCUCUGACUUUGGAAGAAUUAGAAGAAUGGGGGAAUCCUUCAUCUGAUGAAAAACACAAGAAUUACAUAAAACGUUACUGCCCCUAUCAGAAUAUUAAACCUCAGCAUUAUCCUUCAAUUCACAUCACAGCGUAUGAAAACGAUGAACGUGUACCUCUGAAAGGAAUUGUAAACUAUACUGAGAAACUCAAGGAAGCCAUCACAGAGCAUGCUAAGGACACAGGUGAAGGUUAUCAGGUCCCCAGUAUUGUUUUAGAUAUUCAGCCUGGAGGCAAUCACGUGAUUGAGGAUUCUCACAAAAAGAUUACAGCCCAGAUUAAAUUCCUAUACGAGGAGCUUGGACUUGACAGCACCAAUGUUUUUGAAGAUCUUAAGAAAUAUUUAAAAUUCUGAAGUGUCACAUUCAGCUGGGAAUGGAAAACACACUGAAGUAUUUCAUAGUCUUAUUUUCAGUUGGAUUAGCAAAA